GGCUUCCGAUGAUAUGGCGCGUGGCAUGGACAUGGAUGGUGAACCUUAUCCAGAUGCUUGGCGCGAGUCUGACACUGUAUAGCAAUCUUGUAGGAGGCACUAGGAAGGUUACUGGGAGGUGAAAUACGAGGAAUGCUGGCCGAGGAGAUCGAACUAGGAGGUGCUGAGCGGCUGGCCGAGCUAGGGGAAGUUUUUAGAGUUUGGGGUACAAGAGAGGGGGCACUUUUCUGGACUUGUCCGGAUGUGAACUGUAGACCAGAAACGAAUCUCGAAGACCAGCAUCCCACGGAACCGAAUUUCAUUGAUCAGAUUACUCAUCAUCAUGCGUGUCGCUACCAUCAUCCUUUCUUGCGCCAGCUUGGCUCUGGCCGGCAAUGUUUUCGCUCGUGAUGACACAUGCACAUCCGACGACGCUUGCGAGAGCGUCUGCAGAGGUAACUCUCAGGUGUCCGGAACGCUAGACGGCAAGUCUAUCACACCCAACGAAGCCGUUCAGGCCGAAGCCAGGAGGAGAUACCAAGAUUACCACUGCGUGAGCAGCAAAUGCCAAUGCGCCAUCACCAGUGACGAUCAGGCCCAGCGUUUCUGCGAGUACUGGAUUGAGAACGCGAAGGACGAGUUCAAUGGAGCCAGAUACGAGAAUGGUGGCCUUGACCAGGAUAACAACAGCAUCUACUGCGUGUACGUUACUGUUGUCGGCGGCUCCUCGUAGAGAGAGAUGUCGCUUGAAUCAUGGUCCUGAUGUACUUCGAUAUGUAUAUUUUUGCAGGAAAUUGGACCCAGUAUGUCCGUCAGCAUGAAGAUCCUUCGCUCUUUGGUCGCUUGAUUGAUCGUGGUUUCCCAGCAACUCUCGAGAGAAUGUGGUCCCAUGACUGGUCAAAGGGCAGCGUGGGUGACGAUGAUUCGUGAUGCGUCUAUCCAUCAUGUCAUGGAGGAGUCGCUCUCGAAAAUCGAGAGAUCUCGAUGAAACCCUCACAGCCAGUCGACCAACAAAAUCAGACCCAGAUCAAAAGCGUCCUUCCAUGUCACCGG